AAAGAAGUGAGGCUGGUCCAGGAUGCCAGGCUCAGAAAGGCAGGUGCUGACUGAACACACUCCCCGCUUUGGUUCCUGUAGGACGGGUGAGAUACCACACCUUGGCAACCACCAGUAAAGGCUCAUAGUCUAGCCCCUGGGAGGCCCCGGUUUCUCCGGGCUAACGUUUUAGGGCUGUGCUCGGAGGCGACCUACGUUAGGGACUGGGAGAAGCAGGUACCCUGGGAAUGAAGAAUGGAGAGCAGCGCUUAUUCCAAGAAUCUGAGAGACGGGGGAGUCAAGCCGCUGCUAGGCCUUCUCUAUGACUGGGGGGUUCGAAUACAGUGAGACCCGACAAAAGCGACCCCAUUCUGGGUGACAGCAGAGUCCUGGCAAAAAAGCAGGCAUGGCAAAAUACCCCAGGGUCGUCAGGUGGGACCUGGGCCCCGCUCUCAAAGCCCUUCUGGGUCCCCCUAUUUCCCACCACCCCUCGCGCGGAGCCCUGAGGCAGUCAGCGUCCUCCAGGCUAGGGAAAGGCGUGGUUUUCCUUCCCCACGUCUCCCGUAAGGCACUGCUGCCAGCCCAGUACUACUGCGUCUUGGCAAGGCUGGAGGUGCUCCCACCUUCACUUUAAUUAGCAUCUUCUUUCCAGUUUGGGGCUGCACACGGAUAAAUCGCUGCUCCUACCGCUCCGGUCGCCGCUGCCGCUCUCCAGCACUCUGCCUGCAGGGGCCCCUUCUGCUUCCGGGUCACUGGCUCCACCCCUCCCCCCCUUCUUUCCACUGGGUUCCGGAGAGGCUCAGGAGUUCUCCCGCGUUUCGGUUCAGUGACGUCGUAAAUUAAAAUAAGGCAUCCAGUUUAGCAACAGCAGAGAUGACGACUCUGCGAUUCUGAGAGUCCCUGGCGAGCCCGGGCUAGCGAAAAGUGGGGGCAGAACGAACUACACCUCCCAUUGUGCCAGUAGGCGGUCCCGCCCGUUUCCCCCUGGGAGUUGUAGUCUAACCCCCCUCGGAUCCAACAUCAACCUCAGUGCGUGAACUCUGUUAUCCAGAAGGCCUCGCCCGGCCGCCGCCGAAGCUGGAAUUCGUCGGUUAGUAGUUCUCGCCGGCAACUAGAGGAACCUGCUGGCGUGGCCCAGAAGGCUCAGCGGGAUUGCACGAGGUUAGUUGCUAAGCAAGGUGGUCUUUGGUCAACUGCCGCCUGGACCAAGGCAACAGGAAGAGUGGAAGAAGGAAGUGUAGCUGGCCCUCAGAUUCAUCGCUACCCCCAGGCGCCAUGCCUCAUAUUGACAACGAUGUGAAACUGGACUUCAAGGAUGUCCUUUUGAGGCCCAAACGCAGUACCCUUAAGUCUCGAAGUGAGGUGGAUCUCACAAGAUCCUUUUCAUUUCGGAACUCAAAGCAGACAUACACUGGGGUUCCCAUCAUUGCUGCCAAUAUGGAUACUGUGGGCACCUUUGAGAUGGCCAAGAUUCUCUGUAAGGUUCCUGGGAGUUUCUGGGAUGUGCCCCAAAUGGGAUGUGUUUUUCUUAUAUACAAGUUGUUCACUUUGAAAUGGAAGAUGCUGCUCCUGUCAGUACUAUUACCUGCCUCUAUACUUGUUGCUGAGAAGUUCUCUCUCUUCACUGCUGUCCAUAAGCACUAUAAACUCGAUCAGUGGCAAGAGUUUGCUGGCCAGAAUCCUGACUGUCUUGAGCAUCUGGCUGCCAGCUCAGGCACAGGCUCUUCUGACUUUGAGCAGCUGGAACAGAUCCUGGAAGCUAUUCCCCAGGUGAAGUAUAUAUGCCUGGAUGUGGCAAAUGGCUACUCUGAACACUUUGUUGAAUUUGUAAAAGAUGUACGGAAGCGCUUCCCCCAGCACACCAUCAUGGCAGGGAAUGUGGUAACAGGAGAGAUGGUAGAAGAGCUCAUCCUUUCUGGGGCUGACAUCAUCAAAGUGGGAAUUGGGCCAGGCUCUGUGUGUACUACUCGGAAGAAAACUGGAGUGGGAUAUCCACAGCUCAGUGCAGUGAUGGAGUGUGCAGAUGCUGCUCAUGGCCUCAAAGGCCACAUCAUUUCAGUAAGACUCAAGGGCAGGGUAGGGUAUGAGCUGGGUUUCUGCAGGGUAUGGAGGUGGCAGAGAUGGAUUAGAAUUCCUGGGUUCUUGUUGGCUUUGAGUUGGGCUGUUGGGACAUCGCUGAGGGCUUGGGAAAUCCAUGUUGUGUUCAUAGUGCUCCUUACUUUGCAGGAUGGAGGUUGCAGCUGUCCUGGGGAUGUGGCCAAGGCUUUUGGGGCAGGAGCUGACUUUGUGAUGCUGGGUGGCAUGCUGGCUGGGCACAGUGAGUCAGGUGGUGAGCUCAUCGAGAGGGACGGCAAGAAGUACAAGCUCUUCUAUGGAAUGAGUUCUGAAAUGGCCAUGAAGAAGUAUGCUGGCGGCGUGGCUGAGUACAGGUAUGUGUGGAGGCCCAGAAGCUUAGUAAUAGUAUGGGGGCAGAACUCAUGGCUGCUGAGAGGGGGAUGGUACAGUUCUCAGGAAAAGCAUGGUGAACCGGGGCUCAAUGCUAGGGUCUGGGGAAAAGUCCCUGGGCUUAAGGAAUCCAGAAGAGAAGAUAAUAAAGUUUUUCCUACUUUAAGAGCCUCAGAGGGAAAGACAGUGGAAGUUCCUUUUAAAGGAGAUGUGGAACAUACCAUCCGAGACAUCCUAGGAGGGAUCCGCUCUACAUGUACCUAUGUGGGAGCAGCUAAGCUCAAAGAGUUGAGCAGGAGAACUACCUUCAUUCGAGUCACCCAGCAGGUGAAUCCAAUCUUCAGUGAGGCGUGCUAGACCUGAGCAGUUCUACCCUCCCAAGGCACCAGUACUCUACCAUGGGGCAUCCCAAGUGGGGUCCUCACCCAUCCCAGCUACUGCAGCUCUCUGUUACUUUGUCAUUUCCUGUUGUCUCACUCCUGAGGGCUCCUGCAGUAACUCUGUACUUCUCUAUCUGCACACACAAAAUGCCCAAGGCACUCACUGGGGAGGAAGCAAGGAAGCAAACAGUCUGAGAAAAUGAUGCAAGAAAAUCAAAUGAGAAUCUGGGGACCCAACAUCCUGAAGAUUAUUAAAAGGAAAAGAUGCUGAUUGGUACAUAAAUCUUUUACAUGGCCUUGGUCUAGAGGAGGCAGGCUUUUAGAAUCAUGUUUUGUUAAUCUGCUUCACUAAAUGGGAACUUCACAUAUCUAAAAAGCUCUGAAGUGUUUGUAUAUUUGACAUACCUCAAUAAAGAGAGAGCUCAUUGACUGUAAA